AUGAGCCGCAGGUGGAGAAGGGAGUGGAAAGUGGUAGUUCUGUUCCAUAAACAAGAUGGAAUCUGAAGGAAAGAGGACUGUGCCCUGAGUGCUUUUCUUUCUCCUGAGGAGUGAGCUGUGUACCAAUCCGUAACAGCUUAAAAAAUGAACACUGCUCCAGCUUCAGAAAAUGGACCAUAUUCCACAAACCACACGAGACCCUUUUUUUAUGCGCAGCCAACAGCACAACAACCUUUCCCAAAUCCAUGGUACCUUAGUCAUCUAUAUAAUCCAUACUGUGUACCUGCCCCAGGUUUCAGAAGUGGAAAUCCAUAUUUUCCAUUUUAUUCUGUUGCACUACAUGAGUACCCUGGAUAUCUUGUUCCACAACAUCCUAUGCACACAAGAGUUAACAGAAGACCUUAUUUUAAUGUUCCCCCACCCUCUCCUCUGUUUUAUCAUGCAACAAGGUUUAGACAUUAUAGUGGCCCUGGGAAAAGAACAGUGACUAAAGAAACACAGACUGAUCCUAGACAGCCUGAAAACAAACCAAAAAAGCAUCAGGAUCUCCGUACAGAAACUAAAGGCUGUGAAGCAGGAAAUAUAGGCUGUGUUUCUUCUGGUAUGGGUACAGAAACUGAAACUACUUCAGUGAAACAAGAUUCAUCUGGAUCUUCUCUUGUGCCAGAAAGAGACUUUCAAAAUAAGGGGUCUUCCAGCUCUUCACAGUAUAGAAACAUUCCUUCAGGAAGCUAUGCUUUUGAGAAAGAAGAGGUCCGAAUAGAGUAUGGAAAUGGCUCGCCUGCAAUUCAGCUAUGGAAGUCCUUUAAGGAAACUAUUCCUCUGUAUGAUGUGGCAAGUGGUAAACCAGUCCCAGAGAAUAUCGUGCAACGUGACUUGUUUUCUGUUAGCUCUUGUGAAGGGGUAAUAUAUAGCCCUCAUGAAGGGGAGGAAUUGGUGUCAUGCGCUUCUUAUUCAGAUGAACGAAAAACUGCUCUUUCUUUGAAGCAGAGUGGUGAAGAUGGACAGGAAAAAGAGGUCCAAAAUAAUGAAGUAAAACUAGGUGCAGAAAAGCCGGGAAAUGCAAGCCAAAGGGCAAAAUCUCCUCUAGGUGAAGCCAGGGCAAUGCAAAUUGCUGAGAUAGCCAGAACUGUUCGUAAUGAUCAGCUAGUGGCAAGGCAGGACACAUUGUUUAAAAAAUCUAGUUUGAAAAGAUCUGCUGCUUCAAAAACUUCUGAAGAGGAGUCCAACCUUGAUCAGCAAGCAGGAUUAUUUCCAUCCAGUACGGAAAUAACACAUGACUCAAGUCCACUGCAGAAAAAGCUAAAUCAGAGCCACAGUCCAACCAACGUAAGUCAGAUAACGGAUAAAAGCUUAUGGUGUGAAGAAUCCGUGGAGAAGUAUGUUCCUUCUAACAGCUGGCUAGCUUGCGUGGAUGACAUGGACGCUAACUACAACUAUAAUAUGUGUUUGCCACAAAGGAAACAUCAAAGUGUACUCAGUCUGUCUUCUGAUGAAAUGUCGUCUUCUAAAGAUGAAGGAUCAUCGACUGAUGAUGUACCAGUGUCUUAUUUUGUCCCUGAUUAUGUGCUUCAGAAGAGCAUGUUCGCUUUCCAAAAAAGUACAGAGGGCUCAGAGAAAGAGAAAAUUAGAAGUGGUGGCUCCCUUAAUGAAGAUGAAGUGGUAGGAAGGGAGCAGACCAAUGUUGUCAAUAGUCAGAACUUCAAAAGCUGUUCAAAAGUGAAGAUUAAAAAGAUGGCCAGCAGAGGUAGAAAGAUUGGGGUCCUCCCUAGAACUUCUGGUCAGAAGAAAAUCUACUCCCUAAAGAAAAAAGCUGCUAAGAGUUUGUCUCUGUCAGAAGCUGAAGACUCUGAAGAAUACUUUGUGGCAGAGGAAGAGGGUGACAACGAGGAUGAAGAUGAUGAAGUUGAAUAUUUCUUUCAAGAAGCCACUCCAUAUGGACACUUCACCUCUGGUAAAGGCAGUUUCUACAGACCGAUUGGCCAGAGGGUGCUUUGGAAACCACCUAAAAAUGCCAUACCAGCUCACUUGAUUAGCUGGCCUGCUCGGGAGAAAAUAAAAACAAAGAGUGGGUUCUGUGAACGCACUGGUCUGGCUUAUAAGUCAAGUGAGAAGGAACAGGAUGAGGUUGUGUACAGUGAUUAUGGGUACUAUGGAAAAAAGAGGCUUACAGCAAAACAAGAGGGAUCUGACCAUAAGAGAACUUCACAGAAGUCUUCAAGAGUAAGGUUACUAAAGGAAAACAUGGGGCUGACAGCUGAUGAGUACUGGAUUAGAAGUGGUGCUAAACCCAAGUUUGCCAGCUUGAUAUGUGGUAGCCUAUCAUCCCCAACCAAAAGCAAAGAACAAGGUAAUCUGCUUUUGGAUAAACCAAAAAGGAAAAGGAUAGGCAAACCCCCUUACAAACGUAGAGACACAAGAUGUGAGGCAGAAGACAUUGAAGUAUGGGAAAUGCCUAAACCCCGUGCACACAAAGGGUGUGGAUCAAAGAGGUCUCUCUACAAAAGAAGAUAAUCUGACUAUUGCAAAUGCAAGGGGAAAAUCUGAUUACAAGUGCUGGGGGAAGAACACAAACAUACUGAGGUUGCAUGUCUCUUAAUCUUUAAAAUGAGUCCAUAAGUAACUUUUUUUGUUUUGUAUAAAUCUUUCUAAGCUACUAUGCACAGUUAAAGGGUAAGAAGUAACACUGUAAAGAGUUGGAGUACACCAUAUAAAAUAUUAAAUGAAAGGAACACUUGAAAUAAAGCACUCUAAAUUGUAAAUAAGUACACUCACUUAUUGCUUUUAAGCAAUAAAGUUAACAGAAUUGCACUGA